AUGCACCUGCUUCAGGGACUGAUUGCUCGCAUCAGCUCGAUCUUUUCGCUCUCCAUCAUCAUCGCGCUCGUUCUUGGACAUGUGGCGCUUGCCAUUCCAGUGUCUGCUCCGGUCCACCGAGGUGCUGUCGUAGGAGCGACUUUUGGUUUGCCGUACGCCGAUGCGGAGGUCGAUCACCGCCAAGUGUUGAUCAAACGGCACGAGCAGAUCUCGUCUGCCUCCGUGCCCGCGGGCUUUGUUUAUCCCACUCACCACUACCGCCGCGAUGGGGACGCCCUGCCUGCCCCGGACAAGUCGUUCAAUAUGACUGUCACUCAAGGCAACAUCAGCCCGGACGGCUUCGAGCGACUCGGCUUCCUCAUGAACGGCAAAUAUCCCGCCGAUCCCUUCAUCUGGGACGAGAACGACGACAUCGAGAUCACCGUCAACAACGAGGGCCCCGUGCCGUUCGCGAUCCACUGGCACGGUCUCCACCAGAUUGGCACUCCCGAGAUGGAUGGUGUCCCCGGACUGUCGCAGUGGAACAUCUACCCGGGCCAGUCCUUCACGUACCGGUUCAAGCUCACGAACCAGCAUGGGGGCUACUGGUACCACAGUCACGAACGCGGCUACUAUGCCGACGGUCUGCGCGGCACCUUCUACGUGAGGCCCAAGGCGGGCCGCAACAAGCCGUGGAGCCUCAUCAGCACCAACGCCGACGACAUCGAUCAGAUGGAAGCCGCCGAGCAGGACUUCCAGAUCAUGUCGCUCUCCGACCACUGGCACAUCAAUCACACCGACAUGCUCUUGGUCGUCCACGAGAGCGGCGUUCCUCCCGCCUGUUUCGACUCGCUGCACAUCAACGGCCGCGGCCGUCAGUACUGCGUGGGCAACUGGACCACCGUCAUGUCGCCGGUGGAGUUGAGCCUGCUGCAGAACUUUAGCAGCAUCAAUCCGACCGGCCCCACUUCGAAAGGCUGCAUCUCGCUCGUGCCGCCGAAGGAUGGCUACACGGUCAAGGACACGCUCGACACCAUGUACGGAGGCGCGUGCCAGAAUACGACCGCGCCUUUGACCGUCUUUAGUGCGGCCAAGGCGAUCAAGGCGGGAAGGCGAUGGCUCAAUCUGCAGGUGAUCGACCAGGCGACCAACUGGCUCUAUGGUAUCAGCAUCGACUCGCACAGGAUGUGGAUCGUCGCCGUUGACGGCCACUACGUUGAGCCGAUGCAAGUCGACUGGGCCCAAGUCACCAUUGGCAGCCGUCUCAGUGUCAUGGUCGAGCUCAACGCCAAUCUCACAGGCAACAUCUUCCCGAUCCGCCUCACGGGUGCUCGAGCUCUGCAGCCUAUCGAGGGCCACGCCUUCCUUUCGUAUGAAGACGAUGCUGAAGACACGUGGAACCCAGGUCUAGAGGAGGACUUCCAGUACGCGAUGCGCGAGCUGUCCACAGCUCAUGUGCCGAUGAGCGGCUUUGUGUCGGAUGCGAGCGUCGUCAAAUGGCAGCCCAACUCGAGCUUCCCGUUCGAUCCUCUCAGCACAGUGCCGAGGACGGCCAACAUGACGCUGCACGCCGUUGCCUCGCAGAAUAGCCUCAACGUGUGGCAGGUCGCCUCGACGCCACUCGACACGGUCCACCUUGCAGACGAGCGGCCGAUGCUCUUCAACGCGACCGACGGCAACGUGACGUCGAACCAGAUGAAUCCUUACGCCACCAUCCCCUUCGGCGCCGUGGUCGACAUUAUCAUCGAAAACAACAUCUACUCGAUCGUGGGUGGUCCGAACAGCCCGCAUCCCUUCCACAUGCACUCGCGCCGCUUCUGGGUGAUCGGAGCUGGCGCGGGUCCUUUCCCCAACAAUACGGUGGCCGAGGCGCAGGCGGCCGGCGUCAUCUUCAACCUAGACAAUCCGCCGUUGCGCGAUGGAUUCGACAUGGAUGCGAAUGCUUGGGUGGCCAUCCGGUACAUCGCAGAUCAUGCAGCGGCCAACAUUCUUCACUGCCACAUUGACGACCACGUGAUUCAGGGAAUGGCAGCGGUGCUGCUGGAAGGACUCGAGACGAUUCCGGCAGGAGGCAACUUCAGUGAGGCUGUCGUGCAGCGCCCCACCGGCUGGGAGGAGACGCAGAACGACACUCUGGGCCAGGUGCUCGAAGCUGCAUGGUCUACGGGCGCUGCUGCAUCCAAGUGGAUCGAGCCAGCAGAGACCGAUACUGUGAUGCCGUGGGGUGAUCCGCGCUCGUUGGCUAACAGCAUCCAGCUCCUGGCCAGCUCCAAUAGCGUGCAAAGGUCCAUCACCAGCUCGCUGCAGAGCCAGAUGAGCCAGGUCCAGGCCACGGCGACCGGGACCAUCACCGCCAUCACCGCUACAGUCUCUGGCCACCUGACCACCUUUACAGGUGUACCGUCGAGCAGCAGUGCGGCGUCGGCCAGCCUCACCGCGAACGCAGCCAGUGUAACCGCCGUGGCAUAA